ACGCUAGUCAUUUUGAGAUUUAUCCGGUGAGGCAGGAUCACAUUUUAAAAUCUCACCAAGGCCCAUCAUCUCAUAUUUCUUUUGCCUCUGCGAACUUCCGUUCACGUCACUCGUUUCAAAACAUCGUCAUUCGUUUAUACCUCCCUAUUCCACCAUGCAUUUCUCAUCAACUCUCACAACACUCGUUGCCAUCUCUGGCUUCACUUCAGCAGAGCCCAACGGCUGGUCCAAGACCAAAGAAGCAGACGAUAGCCCUUCAAAGCUGGACGACUGCGGCUGCUGGCCUAUCUACCAGGCUAUGCUCAAGUGCCAGAAGCUUAAAUGGCCCAAGGAAGAAACAAGGGACUGCGUGUGCAUUCCCAACCCAGAUGGCUGGUACGGCUCCAUGGACGGCUGCCGUACUUGUCUCAGCUCCAACUCGGACCACGAAUUCUUCGAUAAUACCGCAAAGCUCGUCACACAGCUAUUCGUCUCGUGCACCAACGCCGGUGGUGGCGUAACCAGCGACGGAAACAGUAUCUGCGCCAGUAACGCGUACCGUGAGGCUUGUGUAUCCUUGGGAACAAACGGAAAGCCCAGUUGGGCUAGUUUUGAGCAGGAUGGUGUCAGUGGAAACGGAACCUAUGUGUUGGAUAUCAAAGAAUUUGGUGCCGAUGAGGAUGAAUCGACGUCAACGACAAGUGCAAAGACAGCUGCCAAGACGACCGCUACUGAUUCCACUGGCAGUACUGAGACAACGACCGUGGCGGUGGCUGCUACUACUGGUACUGCAGAGGCAUCUUCAGGCAGCGGUACUUCGGACGUCGCUUCGGGAACUGAGACUCCUACUACAUCGGCUACGACAGCGCCAAACUCUGGCAUGAGACUUGCUGGUCAGACCGGAGCUGUUGGUAUGGGACUGAUGGCCGCCGUAGUUGGCGCAAUGUUGUUUUAGUUCAUACUGUGUAGUAUCUAAAUGCCAGAGUUAGCUAUACUGUUAAUAAUCGCUUAAUGUCAUACUUAAUAACUAC